AUGACAUCACUGCAGAUGAAUAAGAGCUUUCAGAGAAAGUGAAACUACCUGACAGACAACAGUCUUUAAUCAAGAGAUUGUUCAUUUAGACACUAAAAUAGAACACAGAUGUAGAUAUUCACUCACAGACCUAAGAAGAGUGGAGCAAUGGCAGAAUCUUCACCAACAAAACAUAGAGUGGCCAGGAGACAGAGUAUGGAGCUAGAUACAAACCUGACAUCCUCCAGUGGUCCUCUAAAUGAGGAGCUUCAGUGUUCUGUGUGUCUGGAUGUGUUCACUGAUCCGGUCACCGUCCCGUGUGGACACAACUUCUGUAAGAGCUGCCUGAACCAGUGCUGGGACAAGAGUGAGACCUGCUGCUGUCCGCUCUGUAAAGAAACAUUUAGUAAAAGACCCGACCUCAAGAUCAACACAGCGCUUAGGCAGGUCAUACAACUCUUUAAAGAAAAGUUUUGUCUGAAAAAAUCUGACGUUCUCUGUGACAUCUGUGAUGAAAAAAAGCUGAAGGCCCUCAAGUCUUGCCUGAUAUGUCAGAGCUCUUACUGCGAGACUCACCUGGAGCCUCAUCAGAGAGUCCCACGAUUAAAAAAACACAAACUGAUAAACGCUGUAGAAAACCUGGAAGACUAUUUAUGCCAGAAACACGAGAGACCUCUGGAGCUGUUCUGUAGAGAUGAUCAGACGUGUGUGUGUCUGUCCUGCACUGAUGGAGACCACAAGACUCACAACACUGUUCCUCUGGAGGAGGAGAGUGAGGAGAAGAAGAUGCAAGUGACAAAGAUACAAACAGACGUGCAGCAGAUGAUCCAGGAAAGAAUGAAGAAGAUUCAAGACAUCAAACACUCUGCAGAACUCAGAAAACAAAUCACAGAGAAAGAAAAAGAAGAGAGCGCUGAGCUCUUGAUGGCGAUGAUCCGUUCUAUUGAGCGGUGUCAGACUGAGCUGCUGGAGAUGAUGGAGCAGAAGCAGAAAGCAGCAGAGAAACAGGAAGAAAAGCUCAUUUUAGAGCUGCAGCAGGAGAUCGCUGAGCUAAAGUUGAGAAACACUGAGCUGGAGCAGCUCUCACACACUGAGGAUCAUCUUCAUUUCCUACAGAUUUACCCAUCCUUGUGCAGCCCAUUCAACAUCAAGGAAUGGCCUGAUAUCAAUGUUAACACUCCUGUGAGUCUAAACACCCUCAGGACGACUCUGAUUCAGCUGCAGCAGACUCUAGAUGAAACUGAGUUUAAGAGGAUGCACUUAUAUGCAGUGGAUGUUACUCUGGAUCCCGAUACAGCUAAUCCUGAACUCAUCCUGUCUGAUGAUGGAAAACAAGUGAGCCAUGGAGACACUAAGCGCAAUGUCCCAGAUAACCCGGAGAGAUUUGAUUAUUGCAGCUUUGUACUAGGGAAGGAGGGAUUCUCCUCAGGGAGAUUUUAUUUUGAGGUACAGGUGACGAACAAGACUGGAUGGAAUUUAGGAGUGGCCAGAGAAUCUGUCAUAAGGAAAGGGGACAUCACACUGAGUCCUCGGAAUGGAUACUGGACUAUAUGGCUGAGGAAUGGAAAUGAAUACGAGGCACUUGCAAAUCCCUCAGGUUUACUCUCUCUGAGAGUGAAGCCCCAGAAGGUGGGGGUGUUUGUGGAUUAUGAGGAAGGUCUUGUCUCCUUUUUUGAUGUGGAGUCAAAGUCUCAUAUCUACUCUUUCACUGGCCAGACCUUCACUGAAAAACUCUAUCCAUAUUUUUGCCCAUUUCAAAACAAAGAUGGUAAAAACUCAGCCCCACUGAUCAUCUCACCUGUCAAUUACAAUAAAUGAAUGUGCACAACAUAUAUGAAAAACGAUACAAAAAAUGCAUAAGUGCAAAUAAAAAAUAACAUGCGCAAGACUAGUGUUCUCAAUAUGUGAUUCAUCUGUAGCCAGAAGGGUCCCAGAUUCCAGACUCCGGACUGUAACAGCAUAUCUGAGUGGAGCAGAGCGACAGAACUUGCAACCACAAUCUGGAACACUUUGAAAACAAACAAGGAGUAAUACAAACACUUAAACAUCAGUGCUGUUAUAUCUUGGAACCGUGCUCAGCCAAUCAAAUUUGAGGAAUUUUUAUAAUAUGUAUUUUUUAGAAUGUUUCUUUUUACCCACUUUGCCUUGUUAAAUUGAAAUUACAUGUAAAUUCAUGUUGAUUCCAUGAGAUUAAAUUACAGAAUCUAAAUAAAGACCUUGAAUAAAGUGAAA